AUGGCGCCUAAAUGUAUGCCUAAGCUCACGGGCCUUUCUUCUUCUUCGAGUACAAGUGCCUCCGCCUCGUCAAGCCGAGGACGCAACGCCAACCCUUUCGGACCCGUGGACCCGAACAGCUACGAUGACUACGAUGAGGCGAUGCAAGACGGCGUAGAGUUAGAAGAGAAGGGCGAGCGGUUCCAAUUCGGUCCCAAGGCGCAGCGCUUCUACGAUCAGGCAGGCACACUAUACACACGGGCAGCCCAUCUCACCGGCGCAAACGUGCAGCAGCGAGCCGAUGCCCUGUACAAUGCCUCAAGGAUUCACUUCUUGCUUGCGACCCAGUUCGCCUUGCCGCCAGAGAACAUCCAGCUUCUGGUUGAAGCAAUUCACACAUCGCAACAAGCAGUCACACUCGCUCCAUCACUGCCUGCCGCAAGCUCGUCAGAUGGCCUCCUGCCAAAUCCAUUCACCCUGGAUACCUUGACACAACUCGCCUUGUCGCUUCAGACACUCGCUGAAUCUGUGGAAGAGCUCGGCUGGCCGCAGGGACUACAGCCUCCGUCGACGCAGAACUCCGCUCAGGCAGAUACACCGACCGCUCUCUGGCAACAAGCACUGGAGCUCCUUCAGCACGUCGCAGAUGGUCAGAAUGCCAUCUUGCAGGACCAGAAGACCGCCGACGAGGCGACAACAGAACCGGAUGCCCAAGCUUCCAAGCUGCCGGAAGGUAUAGAGGUAGGCGAUGAGGAGCCAGCGUAUGGGAGCGAGGCAGGAGACGUUUACGGUUACACCUCUUCGCUGGUCACGCCAUCCUCGUUGAUGGAGACGCUCCUUUCCAUGCUUGCAUGCUUCACCUCCCUCAUCGAAGCUGCCACUGCGAUUGAAGAAGUGCAGACAUACAGUGCUGCGAUAGAACAGAUCAUCAGUAGGGCGCAGGUUGUGUUUGCAGAAUCAGAAGCACCGGCAGCAAGCCUUCUUGCGACGAGUACCAAUUCGACACAGGCCUCGUCCGAGAUGGCAGCAAGGUGGGAAGAGAUCCAACGAUCUUCUUUGACAUCGCGGGUGGCCUGUCUGGUCAAAGCCGCGAAUGUGGGAGUCAACAAGACACAAAUCAGCAGUGAAUUAGAAGCAGCGUGGGAAGCCGUCAACGAAUGGGGAUCGCGACUCAUCUCUCCAACUCCGUCCCCUGCCACAAAUGCAGCCGGGCGCGACGCCAGAGUGGCGACACUGUGCGAUGUUGGCGAAGCUGGGAUGAACCUGUGUCGGCUGUCCCUUCGCUUGGAACCUGCCGAGGCCGGAGUCGCCGCUAUCUGGGCACUGGCAACAUUGAGUACCAAGCUCUUUUCUCAAGCACUCGCUGCUCUCGACACCUCGGCAGCCGGAGGAGGCCCAGCAGCAGUGUUGGGGCAGGCCAACACAUCAACACCCACGUCUCGUGCUAGAUGCCGCAUCUUGCUGGCAUUAUCGACCCUGUCUAUCCUACGCUCUCAUCCUUCUUUCGAGUCUGCAGGCAUCGCAGGCGCCAUAGGCACGCGCACCAAGCUGAUCGAGAACGCGAGACUAUACGCACGCAAAGCCAUUACUGAGAUUGGUCUCGGCUGGCUUCUGCGUUCAGCUCCUACGCAAGUUUCGAGGUCAGGCGUGGUGCCACCACCCGGGGGUUGGGAGAGCCUUUCGCUCGAGUCCGAGGCCACAUUGCACUUGCUUCGUGCUCUGCUAUACCGUGUCAACGUCAACGGCGCCGCGGUCGACGCUGAUGCGAAGGCGGUCAGCGAGAUGCGGACCGAGCUACGCAAUCUAGUGCAACACAUCGUUCAGCUGCGACAGAAGCCGAUUCAAGUGGGCGCCACGCCAGCAUCAGCCUCGAUCCAGCUGGUCGAAUGGCUGUAUCUGCAGGGUGCCAAGGCAUUUGUGAAUAACGUCGUGGAUGACAACGGACGCCGCGUUGUCCAAGAAGAGAUUGCGUGGUGGGAGAAACUCUUCUCUGACGAGAUGGCGGUAGCUCAGUGA